GUCUAGUGUUUACAGUACCAGUGCAGAGUCUGACAACAUCACUUCAUCAUGAAGACGUUAUCUUCUUUCCUCUUUCUGUUGGGAUUCUUUAUCUACGCCGGAGCACAUACAUAUCACACGGGCGCAUGUCCCCUUGUGGAGCCAAUGCAAGGAUUUCAAAUGAAUAGAUUCUUGGGCGUAUGGUAUGUCAUCCAAAAAACGACUACGGCCAGCAAAUGCAUCACCUAUAAUUAUACACGUGGAGAAGAGCCGGGGGAAUACGUGAUUACGCAGGAUUCUGACCACCCGAUACUAGGUCUUACGCCAUUGAAGCAUGAGUAUCAUUAUACCGGUGAAUUGUCCGUUCCGGAACCGAGUAUUGCAGCUCGAAUGCAAGUUCGUUUUCCUCUGAGUGUCGCCGGAAGUGCGUCGCAUGUGAUUUUCGCCACUGAUUACGAUAACUACGCGGGUAUCUUCACGUGCCAGCAAGUCGCAUUCAUUCAUCGUCAGAGCGCAACUAUCCUUUCCAGACGCCGCGAUUUAGACAUGAGCUAUGUGGAAAAAUUGCGCCAGAAAUUGAGCAAUUUCGGAGUCAGUCCUUAUGACCUGAGCAUCAUAUCUCAAACCGGAUGCCCUAAAGGUAACAAUACUUUGGAUAUCAACAUCGAUCCUAACACCUUCUCAGCGGAGAACAUUGGUAACGUGGUCCGCAAAGCUGGCCAGAAACUGGGCGACGGGGUUCAAUAUGUGGCUAGCGCAGGAAGCAAGGUUUACCAUAAACUGACCGGAAACGAGCAGAAGAACACCAGCAGCAGACCGGAGGAAAACACUAGAGCUGCCAUUACUGGGGGUUACGAAACGAACGAAGUCGAAUGGAUUCCUUAAACGAUAGGUUUAAGAGUAUCGUUUAGUCAUUUUGAUCUCCAUGAGUUUUAUGAUGUUCAAGGAAUCUCCAUUGUUACGGCCUUAUGAGCAUCGACACUUUACGAGACGCUAUUACUAAUCUUGUCGUUUACAAUUAAUAUCCGACGAUAUUAUUCGGUAGAAUAGAGGUACAUGUAAAACGAGAACGAAAGACUACGUAACGAAUAAACUGAUAUUUUUACUUUGAUGAGUAUACCAAGGAGAACGAACCCGAAAAUGACGGUACCGAUGAGUGUUAAGGUGAAAUAAAAUUUUUUAGCGUAUUA